CUUCACGGAUUACGUGGGACGCGGGAGGUUGCGCUGCUGCUGUUUUCUGCCCGAGCGGAGCUGAGCUAAGGCGAGAGGGCGGCAGUGGCGGAUCUGGAGCCGGAGCCGGGCGGGCGACGGGGCGCAGAGGGUCGCGGUGGCAGCCGCAGCCCUCCUGGCAGCCCUCCCGCCGCCGCCAUGAGGAGCGAGCCUCUGGCCCAGGCAGCCUCGCUGCUGGAGGAGGCGACGGACUUGCUGGUGUUGCACCGGGACUUCGCCGCCGCUGUGGAGCGGUGUGAGGCGGGCUGCGACAGCCUGGGGCCCGCGACCGGCCCCGAGAGUUCUGCAGAAGUAAAAUGCUCCCUUUGCGUUGUGGGGAUUCAGGCGCUGGCUGAGAUGAACCGGUGGAGAGAAGUUCUGUCAUGGGUCCUACAGUAUUAUCAUGUCCCUGAACAUCUGCCUCCAAAAGUUCUGGAGCUGUGUAUCCUGUUGUACAGCAAAGUGCGAGACCCCCAGGUCAUGCUGGAGGUUGGCAGCAGCUGGCUGAGAGACCAAACCAAUAAGAGCCUCCCUGAGUACGGUUCGUUGCUGGAGCUCUAUCUGUUGCAUGUGUUGCUUCCACUUGGUCGGUUUGAGGGAGCAGAGGAGCUUGUACGUGGCUGUGAUGUUUUUGAUAGCCAGCAGCAGCUAGCAUUUCUCGGGACCAUUUGUGAAAGCCGAUGUCAGUGGACUCAACAGGAAGAGAUGCAUUUGGCUGCUGAAGAACAGCAAGAUGCAGCAACAGAAACUGUUUUGGGUGCUUUGUCCCAAAAGCUCCUGACCAUGUUGACAUUGCUGCGUAGAGCACUAAGGUCCAUGUCAAGCCAUUUCCAUUUAUUUCCUUACAAAAAGAUGCUCUUGGCUACUUUUCUGCUGUAUCUGGUGGUGGUGAGAUUAGACCCAGCUUCCCCCACAUCGCUGCCGUUUAUUUACAAACUGGUCCAGCUCUUCCGACAGGCUUGGGCAGCUGUGUUUUCUCCAAUCCAUAGGCCUCCAAUUCAAGACUAGGUGUCUUCCAUCACAGAAUGUUUUUCUCCGCUUCUGUAAAGGUGUCAACUUGUCUUGAGGAUGUUAUCAGGCUCUUCAAGGACUGUUGAAAUCCGUGUCCUAAUUGAGAUGACCACCUGUGAACUCCUGUGUGGUGUUGCCUUCAUUUCUUCAGACAGGGAAUGGUGGUGUGUGAAUUUUAAAGCCACGCCAACUAUUCCUGGUGUUUUGGUUGGCUCUACAGCACCGAUCUGCCCAACACCAGGGCAGAGCCAUUCCUUCUGUAAUCUACAACUGAAUAAGAAUACUCCUUUUCAAACACUUUGCUUUGGAUGUAGUUCUUGAGUGAGGGUUGUGUAGCCAAUUAUUAACUACGGAAGAAUGUUUCAUCCUUGUGAAUGCUGGGCAGCUGUCUGAAUGAGUGAAAUAGUGUUCCUGGAGGCAUGACUGUAAAAGGCAACAGAGGGGAAUAUUUUGUUUUGCCCAAAGACACCUGGAAAGCCCAGUUGCUGCAGCAUGGGAUUUAGGACAAGCAUGUGGAAGAAAAGCACUGGAGAAAGUGAAGCCUAUUGCAUAUGGUUUCUCUUGUGACUGAUGCCUCCUUACACAGGCGCUCUCGAUUUUAGUUAUAUUUAAGCCAGAAAGCCAAGAUGGUGGGCCGCAAGGACUGUUCUGUGUCUGUUCUUCUUAAAUGCAAAUAACAGCACUUUAUGCUUGCCUCAUGCGUAGUAGUUCUUAGGAGCAUGUGGUGAUGGUAAGGAAAUAGAUCUAUUUUUUUAAACUAUAUUCUAUAUUAUUAUCUAGUUGAACAACAGAAGUUGUAGCAGUGUUUUACUCUUUCCCUACCUCUUGCUUUGUUUCCGUAGAUGUCAAAUUACCUCUCCCUACCCCCAGUUUCUGAAGUCCUGGGUUACAUGGCAGCCAUUUAGCAAUGCUUUAUCAUUUGAAACAAAAGUUUAUUAAUAGGUGGGAACAUAUACUUCUCUGAGAUCCCAGAUCUGUGGCAAGAAAAUUACUAUCUUUGCAGAAGAUCUGUCACUGACUGACACCAUUUCCAACCACUUGGGGCGGAAGUUGGAGGUUUGGCAUAGAACAUUUUUUUCUUACCCAUCCAUCCAUUAACAAUCCCAUAUCCCUCCCCAAAGCUUUUGUCCUGCUAGGACUUCGCACCAGAAUAAAUAGCGCAUAAUGCUUCACCACAUUAAAGUUAUUUCUUAUAAACUGCUCGCAUAGGAAAGAGCUGCUCCUGAUAUUGCUAGAUGAUUCUUUUAAUCCAACUAUAAGUGUAGUUACAACUCUGCAACCAACAGUUGUUGGGAAACCAGGUAGAAUAAAGCACAGAAGCUCUGGCUGGAGUCAUUUCUUGAAAGAGCUUGACACGGUUGUGUCUACUGGCCCCCCACUUUGCAAGGCGUCACUUUAAGUCUUUUGUAAGGCAGUUAAUGGAACAGCAAACUGCACUCUGAAGUGAGGCCAAAAUCUGACCAAAUGGACUGUUUAGGUAACAACCUUGUUUUUUCUCUUGUUUUCUAUUAACAUUUUUAGUUAGAUGGCAAAGGUGCAAUUUUGGAGGUUGGGACCAGUGGUCUGAGCAGGCCAUAUUUUGUUUACAGACUGCUGUUAAAUGUCAUAGCCAUUUGUUUACCAGGACUUUAACAUUCGACUUGAUUUUUAAGUGUAGGCUGGUAACCUUCACUUCUUUUGACUACUACUGAUUUAGCAUUUGUAUUGUGUUUAAUCCUUCGUGAGAGGGCAAAAAGACAGAAUUUUGCAAUUAAUAUUAAACCAGCAAUAUUUAAUUCUCACAAUAAAGUGACUACUGAUUUACCUCUUUGUUGCUUAUUUCUGCUGCGAUUAAAUAUAUGAAAACUUCUGUGUUUAAUGUA